AUGGAUGGAAAGGAACACGCUUCCGUUGGAUCGAGUCUCGCUCUUUGGCGGGCUUUCCAGAGAACGCUGGGCCUCGAACCAAGCUCUUCCGAAUUUUCAGGAUCCCAGCUGGACGGUUCUGCAAUGAACGCCGCGACGAGAGCGCCUUUUUCCCAUGCUGAACCGAGAAACGGCACGCAAACCGACUCCAAGCUUGAGAGCGCGGUGGACGCCACCACGAGCAGGUCUGCUGGUGUCGACGCGAGUCGCUCGGAGCAACGUGCGUUUGCGACUCGCGAAGUACACGUUCUAGACACGGAAUCUUCGCCUGUUUUGACAAGUUCGCCGCACCAUGGCACCUCAACGCAGUUAAAUCUACCAGCAGCGUCACCGUCCCCAGAACUAGAGCAAAUCGCACGAGAGUCGUUGCGAAGCGACAAGAGCCUGGUGCAGGUACUGGGCACUUUGGCAGUAGUGCUCUCCGGUGCGACUCGGGCUCGCAGCUUCGAAACGAUGAAGCAGCAGUGGAUCCUACUGAGGCAUGUAGCACAGACCGAAAGCGGUAGUGACCGAAAUGAUGACGCAGAGAGGGUGUCACCUGUCUCCGGCAGCUCGACGAGUGCGGAGGCGUCGCACGGGAAACCUGGCAUACGCUUGGAAUCUUUGACCGCCUGCCUGCACGCGCAGGCGACCUUGUCGCCGGCCCUUUGGCUCGUAUCCAUCAACUCCGGGGCGACAAGGAUACUGACUGCGAAGAAUGCGACAAAUGUCCUGCCCCCAGCGUUAGUAGGAGAACCACGCAGGGACAGCGACGACAAGAAUGCCUGUGAGGUCCACAGAAAAUUCUGUGCGCUCGCGAGUGUACUGAUUGCGGACCUGAGUGGCACUGCGCGAGCUCACAAUGAACAGAAACUAGAGUAUGCGGAUGAUGUAGAGAGCGCUCUUCAGACUGAUCUGGAGCUACUGGAGUAUCUGUGGGAUCGCUGGACCACGGACGACGGGGCGACAGCGAAAUACCCAGAAGAGUCCCAGCGCAGACGAGCCGACUCGUCGCCAAUGGGGCAUCUACUCACGAACCGGAUUCAGCAAACUUGGUCCGAUGCGGCUGCGCGAGCGCUACGCGGAGCAGAUUUGGACAAGAUGCUGGAUCUGCUCGAAAUGCUCGACUGGGCGUGGUUAUGUUCUGUUGAUAUUGAUGCAGCCUGUACCGUGGUACACUUAGCCCACUCGAUCGGCAUUUGCUCUACAGAACGCCGUAGGGAGGCGCGUCGGGAUGCUCCCGGCGAGGUGGACGCACGCGCCAUGGAAUGCCUGGGACAGUGGCUUGUAUCCGUACUAGAGCUGCACGCUGCGUUUGCCGGCGGGUUUGAUGCACUUCUCACAUGUUUGGGGCGCGCUUACGUUUCCCUCCUGUGGACGACCGUCAAGGGGACUGCUCUCGUCAAUGGGCGCACCAAGAAAUCCCUAACAUCCGCUGACUGGACACUGCUCACCCGGCCUGUGGUGAUACAUGUGUUUGGCGCCUGCUGGAGAGCGCUCACAACUCGGGGAGCACGAAUCCAUUCGGUUUGUCUCUAUACGCAGUGUUGCGAGGUGCUAGGCGCGCUCUGUAUCCUCGUCUGCGCUUCGGGUACCGUGCAGCAUGUGAUUUGGCGGGAAUUCGGGCGAUGCGUGCACGCGGAAUCCGUGUCCGUGCUGGUGCACGCAUUAGCGACGGGUGCGUGUCUUUGCGUGUUGCGUGCGCCGAGCGCCGCGCAUGCUGCCACUGCGCUUUUCUUGCAGCUUCUGGAGACGCCUUGGGUUUAUCGCGUUUUAGAGAGUGCUAGCCGCCUAUUAGCAGGUGAAAUGUUUCCGGUACCAGCUAGUACUCUUCUGGCUUCUGGCGAGGCUGAGCGUCUACCAGCGUUGUCAAGUUUGCCGGAAUCACUGUCGGGAGAAUCAUACCGCCAGCCUUUUUCCUUUGCCAGUGGUGGCACUGCUGCUCCAGCGACGGAGGCGUUGGGGCGGCAGCAUGCCAAUAUCGAGGCUUCGUGCGGGACACGGCCGAGUGUUGUGGCGAAUUCCCCGGAAACCGACGAGAUGCUUAUCGAAGCGGCUGCGCUCGGUGCAAUGCAUUGUUUACUGAUGACGCUCGCGCAGGGGAGCAUCUUUGAAAAGGCUGAUGGAUUUGCUUUCGCCAGCGCGCUCAUCAUACGAGUUAGCGAGAGUGCCGCUCAAUGGGCAGAAAAAUCUCCGUUCUUUACGAUGGAGCUGGUCGCAGCGCUUCAUCGUCUGGUACGCGUGAGCCACUGUGUUUCGCAGUUUGACGACGGAGCGCUUACGCUCCUGGUCGAAGUGGCCACCCGGGCUCUUCUGCAGAGAUUCGGAGAUGUUUCGAGUACUGGAAUCUCCACCGGAGCCGGCAACGAGCUAAUGCUGUGCGGCACCGGCUCGAGAGCGAUCCCGACGAGUAGCGUUCGUGCCACAAUCGCUCGUUUCGUUCCUUCCAAUGAUUCGACGGGCACACUUGCUCACAGAAUUCAGAGCGACGACUACCGAGCCUCUGCGAACGCGAGUCUCGCAGCCGAAACCGGCGCGAUGACCGUCAGAAGCCUGGAUGCGGCGCCCGAUGUACGCGCACAGUCGACGCCGGAGGCCGGAUCCAUCGCGGAUAUGGCCGCGUUUUGGGAGCAAGUCGCACAUCGCUUUAUUGAAUCGGUGCUCGAUUAUGUUGAACGAACCUCGCCUCAGUCUUUUGGUGAUGGCCCAGAGAUUCUCUCGUUCCUGGAGAGGGUCGGCCCUCUUACCAGAGUACCAGAGCGUUUGCGAAUGCUGGCGCUGCGCGAGCGUCUCGCGCAACCUUUCUUCGGCCUCGAGACAUGGGUCGAUCGACUUCAGUACGUGCUGACGGUGUACCUACGAGAUGAGCCCAGGCAGGCGGUCCGACUGCGAGCAGUGCGGUUUUUCCGCGAUACAUUUACCGUCUGGAAGGGUCUCUAUGCGGAUCUGUUUGUGACGGAAGUGGUGCAACCGGUGUUGCUGGGCGCAUGGAAGGAGCUGCGUCAGUCCGCACAGAGUCGCCCGUCAACGCCUAGCGAAUAUGGCUUGGAUGCAGAACUCACAGAGGAGCUUGUUCAUACAGUGGCGGUUGCGCUGAGUGCCCCAACGAGCUUAGCCGUGUUUGAGCGUUUCGCGCGGGAACUGCUUGAUCUGGGCGACGAGGUCCUGACAACCUUGUUGGCUGCUCUCGAGACGUACCUGCGCGAGCACGAGGCGCCACGGGCCUCGGUGCUGUUCGCGCUUCUCACCGAUCACUGUCUCGAAUGGCGCACUGCGCACGCUGGGUCGCUUGGCGAGAACGACGCCCCAGGCGGGCACGCACAGAGCCGCCGACACCUGUUGGCAUUUUGUGGCUUUAUCUGCCGACUAAGCAAAGAUCUGCCGCACUCACCGUUUCUGCAGUUAGACGGGAAAACGCUUCCGUGUCCGGUACGACUUGGCGAUGUGCCGGAUGCAAGAGCCGUCUCUGGUGAUGGUGAACGCAGCGCCUACUCACUGCCGCCUGGCAUAGCCGUGGAUACGGCAUCAAGCGGGGUCUGGUGUCGCACCGAGCGCACGCGGGGCGCGUCGGUAUCAGCGCGAACGGGCGAGGCGCUGGAGCGCCACGCAGACGGAAGCGAUGCACCAGCACCGGCAACAGGCGAAUCAUCCGCUCCCGCUGAUCAACCCUCGGUGAAGCCUACGAUUCCUGCGCAUACGGACGUGUUCGGAGCUGGUGUACUCGUUCCUGUCGCAGCCUGGUACCAUCACCUGCUCGGGAGGCUUCUGCAUUCUACCAUGGACGACGCAGCGUAUGCAACGGCAGCACCGCCGGCAGUCGACGGUACUACAGAAGCUUUCCAACCCCCCGAACUGGAGAGCAUUAUGGCUUGUCUUGUGCAUUUGGUCACGGACCCGGGUUUCGGGCCGAUUGCGCUGGUGCCGGCGCUGCAGACCUACGACCUGCUGGGUCAGUGGCUCGAGCGCUCGCGGAAGCUCGCCACCGACAAAUCUGGUAGCUAUCUGAGCUUGGCGGCGCGCCAUCUUGCGCUCGAGGUAUUGGCUGCGAUAACGUUACGAGAGCUGGCCCGCAGCGCACCAAUGUCGUGGGCGCAGCACAUAGAGCACCUUCUGGAUAUGGUGAUCGCAGAGUUGUAUUGGCUUGUGGCGGAAGCCGAGCGUCUGCCUCUGUAUCCCCCCAUGCUGGAUUUCACACUGCGUCUUCUGGUACAGGGCUGGUGCAUGGCCAAAGACCGCGAGCCGACGGUGGCUUUACAGUCGAUCACUGCGGCGUAUUUGGUCGCGCUGCAGGUCUUUGCGGGGCGUCUGGUCGCCGUGUCGGGCGAGCGGCCACGCACAUGCGUAGAGCAUGCUCGUCACCUGGCGGACUGCGUGAAUGAGGCGGCAGCGAUCCUGGAGAGCCUUCAUGGCGUGGCGCUAUGUUUUCGGGAGUUGGUUCCGAGCGCUCAGGCGACUGCACCAGAGACGGGCUCGUUUGUUUGCAGUGAUGUGGCGAUGCAGGCUGCGCUGUCUCCUCGCGUGCGUUACGCCGAUGGCGUUCAGAGCGCUGGCGCUGACCCCGAGUCGGGCUCCGGCCCGGCGGAUGUCGGCCUGCUGGCGGCGUUCGAGACGGCCUCCAUCGGUGUGGACGGCGGUGUCGUUGCGGGUCUGGCGACGCGACGGAACGCAACCUAUGCGCAUAUCGCCUUCAGCAUCGUGAUUACGUUGGUGCCUUUGUUUGCACCCACUGGCGCUAGUCUCCAAGGUGCGUCACCAGCAGUCGCUCAGAGCCAGGGCGCCCAGCUACGGCGCCUCGCGAUGAGCGCAUGGUGCAACUGGGCUUCGCUGGUUCACGAUGUCACCGUAUUGCGGCCGUAUCUGGAGGCCCUGGAAGAGCGCUGCCGAAAACAUGGUUGCACCCUGUUCGCCGCAGUUGCCGCUGAAUUCACAUACUGCUUCGGCGGCGUUCGUCUCGUUGACCGCGGACCGAGUACGCUUCUGGACAAGGCGCUACAACAGGCUCCUUUGGUAGCCAGCUGGGCGCUGGCGGGCACCGACGCACUUCCCGUCGUGAUCAACGCCUAUCGCAACGGAUACGAAUUGACCCUGGCGAUACGAAGAGUGACCGGAUCCAGCCGAAUGCAAUUGAGGCUGCACGAACCGCCCUGGACUUGGUAUCCCGAGCGACGAUACGCGACCGAGUCCUCGAGUGCCCGGGCCGCAACUUUUGCAGAAGCGCCUCGAAGGGUCCAGGUGGAGGGCACGGCAGCGGCGUCGACGGAUCGGUCGUCCGUUCGAUUACCGUUCGCAGCGGAACAGCCGGCUCCAUCAUCAUCAUCAUCAUUAUCAUCAUCUGUUGUUGUUGGUGGCGGUGGUGUUGCUGUUGUUGACAACGCUAUACCGACUGAGAAAAGCCCCAAUGGUCCGGAGCUUGUCGACUCCGCCGUUGAGAAAAAACUCGAUGCACAUCUGCGGGGCGUCCUCGCCCAGUUCAUGCACAGGCAGCCACUGGAAGCGUGGCGACGCCUUGUACUCGAUCGACAGGUCUGGCAGGUGCUCGAUCGCAUGCCACCAGAGGAUAUUCAUCGUAUAGGUCUGAUGUACGUGGGCACAGGUCAGCAGACAGAGUCCGAGAUUCUUGCAAACGUCGCCGGCGAUUCGCAGUACGACGAUUUCUGUACGAAUCUUGGCGUUUUCCUGAGACUCACGGACCACUGGAUGUUUGGCUACACCGGCGGGCUCGAUUACAGCGAGCGCCAAGCGGACGGUGCCUUUGCACUCUACUAUCGCGACGCCGCUACACAGCUUAUCUUCCACACCACUACCCUGAUGCCCGCUGAGCUCGGAACGGAAGGAGCUCGACUCGCCACGGAUCCUGGCAACUCAGUUCCGGAGCCAGCUGGGACACCAACAAAUCCUGCUGUUCGCUUCGCGGCAGCGACCAGAGGAUCCUCCUCGGAGCGCAAAAGCCUGAUUCGGAAGAAGCGCCACGUCGGGAACGAUCACGUCAAGAUCUUUUGGUGUGCGCGACGAACCGAGGCUCGGAUCGCUGCGACGCCCGAUGUCUUGCCUGGUGCAUUCAAUUCGGUGCACUUUACGAUCGCCCCGCUUUCCACUAGGGACGGAAACACCAACGAAGCCGCCGAUGGUACCGAAUCGUCACUCUUCCUUGCCGAAGCGCACUGGCACCGGAGCGGUAUGCCUCGCAGCGGUCCGUGGCGCGUACCCGGACCGUGCAUGGUGUGCGGAACGGGAGCAGCUGCGUUCCUGCUGCGACUUGCCGCUAUUCAUGCGGAUACGCUCUGUGGAUGCCGCGCUAUCGCAGGUUAUCGCAGCAGCAUGGCGACGAGCUCCGUAUCAUCGGCACCUGCGCAUGGGUCCACGAUACCGCUGGCUUCAGCAGCAGGUCUUGCGAUCGGCUCUGAGGAGGAGCCCUGGCUCCGUCGGCUCUCGUAUAUGCAGCACCAGAUCGAGCGUCUGUCGGGCGAGUCGUUGCCUCCCGGGACUGGGUAG